CUCCCGAGUGUCACUGAACGCAGCGUUAGCUUCAGCAGGACCUGCUGGGCUGAUUUAGUCCCUAACAGGCGGCCGUAGUUCUCAGCUGCAGAAUAACGAUGCGGUUUAGCGAUUAAUAAAAUAUCACCGGCAGCCAUAAAGAAGAGGACACGUCUCAGCUUUUCUGCCAUCAUGGAUCCAACCUGCGACUCUGUGGCUCCGCCCACCCUGACCGUCCAGGUGUGUUUCCCGGGUGUCCGCGCCGCUGUGUUGGACAAUCUGAACCGGCAGCGGGAGGAGGGGCGGCUGUGUGACCUGUCCAUCCAGGUCCAGGGCCAGCUGUUCAGAGCCCACCGCUGCGUGCUCGCCGCGUCCUCGCCUUACUUCCAUGACCAGGUGCUGCUGAAGAACGUGACCACCGUGUCCCUUCCUUCCGUCAUGGACCCGGUCGCCUUCGAGAGCGUCCUGAGCUCAGCCUACACGGGCCAGCUGAGCAUCAUACAGGACGACAUCGUCAACUACGUCACCGUGGCCAGCUUCCUCCAGAUGUGGCACAUCGUGGACAAAUGCACCGAGAUCCUGAAGAGGCCGCGUCCGUCAGGAGAAGCCGCCUCGGCCGACGACGCCCAGCCAGGGUCCGUGUCCCGCCAGCAGUCGCCGAGCAGCACCGAGUGUCUGUACGUGGAGCGGGAGGGCCGUCGGCGGGAGAGGAAGCCCGACGCUUUGCCGCCGCUGGCGACGUGGAGGCGGCCGCAGCAGGCCGUGAGGUGGAGCCGGCCCCGGCCGCCGUCCGAGCAGAACUCGGCCGACUCCCAGCUGGACGGGCUCCCCGGGUACGGCUGCCAGGAGGAAUGGAUCACUGCUCCCGCUAAACCCGACGGACUGGGCCAGACCGGACGACACCACGGGGGGGUUCCUGCUACGGAGGGCGCCAAGCAGAAGGUCCGGUUCCAGCAGCGUGGAGCGCCGCAGGGCCGAGAGGGUGACGAGACACAGGAGAGGAGGAGGAACGUCAGAAGAGAAACCGAAGCCGAUGAAGGCGUUGGAGACGAAGAGGCGGAGACGAAGGAAGGCUUCAGCCAGAUGGAUCUACGCCUUUCAGACGACGGCGCUGACGCCGGCCGCCGUGCAGGGAGGCAGAGCGUGGAGGUGAUGAAGGACAUUCCUGAUGUUUGUGGACCCGACGCCGGCGUCCCGGGGCCAUCAUGUCCGGCCCCAGGCAGGCUCCAGUUCCAGAGCGGCUCCUGGUCUCAGCAGGAGCACAGGCGGCAGGGCGGCGAGGAUGAGGAUGAGGAGGUGGACUUGGACUGUUUCAGCUCCUAUGGCAGAGACACGUAUGAUGAGGUUGAGGACAGGACGGGUCAGGUCUCCCAGAGGCCCCUGCUGUCCCCUGACUUCAGCCUCGGGGCCUCAGACAUGAACUGGCCCUCCACCAGCGGAGGUCAGGGCGGUUCUCUGACUCCCAGCUCCUCCUCUGCUGCAUGUCCUCCUCCAUCUUCACCUCCGACGCCAUCUUCGUCCUCCUCGGUGUCCGUCUCUGGCGCCGCCUACACGGGGAAGGUCCACUUCUGCCACUGUGGGAAGGCCUACACCCUGAAGAGCAUGCGUGACCGUCACGUGAAGAUGCAGCACCUUAACCUGCGUCCCUUCGGAUGUCCGGUUUGUACGAAAUCCUUCAAGAUGAAGCAUCAUCUGACGAAGCACCUGAAAACCCACGGGGGGCUGCGGCCGUACGAGUGCAGCCUGUGUGGGAAGAAGGUGAUCUGGAGGGACAGCUUCCUGAGGCACCAGGCCCGCUGCCAGAGGCUCGCCUCCUCCGGGAACAACGCCGGCGCCGGCGCAGCCACAGCGGCGGACCCGGAGGACGGCUACGGGUUCGGAUUCGACGAAGUGGAAAGCUUUGUCCCGGCAGGGCAGGUGAAGCUGGAGGAGGGGGAGUUUCAGCGGGACGUUAGCGAUGGGAUGGGGCUGCUGUCUGGGAUGGAGCUCGGCGCGCAGCCUCAGAACCUGGACCCUGUCAGCCAUGUUUUUAAGGUGGAGGCAGCAGAACGCUUCAGUGAGACAUAAACGCCGCUGAGUCUGAACCUCUUCAAGGCGCUCGUCUUAUUCCUCGACCGUUUCCUGUCCUCUGUCAAUCCUUUCUUUAGACUGAAGUUCUUUUUGCAAUUUGCACAUAAGUUAUUUGUUGUUCUGAUCUAAAAUAAAUAUUUGAAAAUGUU